AUGAGUUCUAAUCAACCACUGCUUUCCGAACCAGAUCUUGUUCCUCCAGUGAUUCAUCACCGCCGGAGAUCAGGAUCCCGCACCACUUUCUUCUUUGACGAAGCCGCGGUAACUCCUCCAACCGCGGACAACCACCAGGAGGUUGUGUUUGCGACAGAUUGCAGCUUGCACCCCGCAUUCUGCAACAACACCGCCACAAACAACAGCAGCAGUGUUUCCAUUUCAGCACCCCCUUUGACAGAGUUUCAAAACCCUAAUUCACGAUUUCCUUUGGAAUGCCCCACGCGGGAAAGGGGACACCUGCGAUCCUGGGGUGCAAUGGAACUGCAUGAUGCUAAUACUGUGCCCUUUGAAAUUUCACUAUCAUCAUCAACCCCAGCAGGAACUUCAACUCGCAGGAUUCGUCAUAAAAGUGUGCAGUUUGAUGAGCAGAUCUUACAUGAUGAUAGUGCUAGGUUGAUUUAUAUAAAUGAUCCUAAGAAAACCAAUGAUAAGUAUGAGUUUACUGGGAAUGAGAUUCGAACUAGUAGAUACACUUUUAUCACAUUCUUGCCUAAGAAUUUAUUUAUUCAGUUCCAUAGGGUUGCUUAUCUGUAUUUCCUUGCUAUUGCUGCACUCAAUCAGCUUCCUCCCUUAGCUGUAUUCGGGAGGACGGUGUCCCUUUUCCCGCUUUUGUUUGUUCUUUGUGUUACUGCUAUUAAGGAUGGGUAUGAGGAUUGGAGGAGACAUAGGUCGGAUAACAAUGAGAAUAAUCGUGAGUCUCUGGUUCUUCAGUCCGGUGAUUUCCGGUCCAUGAUAUGGAAAAGAAUUCAGGCUGGCGAGGUUGUUAAGAUCUUUGCUGAUGAGACCAUUCCUGCUGAUAUGGUCUUGUUAGGGACAAGUGACCCGAGUGGGCUUGCCUAUAUUCAGACAAUGAAUUUGGAUGGAGAAUCAAAUUUGAAGACAAGGUAUGCCAAGCAAGAAACCACUUCUAUGGUAUCGUCAGAGGUUUGUGAUGUUUCUGGGAUUAUUAGAUGCGAGCAACCAAACCGGAAUAUUUAUGAGUUCACAGCUAAUAUGGAGUUCAAUGGAAUUAAAUUUUCCCUUAGCCAGUCAAACAUUGUCCUGCGAGGUUGCCAACUGAAGAACACAGACUGGAUUAUUGGUGUUGUGGUUUAUGCUGGACAGGAAACAAAAGCCAUGCUGAACAGUGCGGCUUCUCCUUCCAAGAGAAGCAGACUGGAAGGUUAUAUGAAUAGAGAAACCCUUUGGUUGUCGAUUUUUCUUUUCAUCAUGUGUAUGGUUGUGGCCAUUGGGAUGUGUCUUUGGCUGGUACGUCACAAGAACCAGCUUGAUACCUUGCCUUACUACAGAAAAACGUACCUCAACAAUGGCCCGGAUAAAGGAAAGAAAUAUAAGUAUUAUGGAAUACCAAUGGAAACAUUUUUCUCCUUUUUGAGUUCUGUUAUAGUGUUUCAGAUAAUGAUACCCAUAUCUCUUUACAUCACAAUGGAGUUGGUUAGGUUGGGUCAGUCUUACUUCAUGAUUGAAGACAUGGAUAUGUAUGACUCUAGCUCUGGAUCAAGGUUUCAAUGUAGAUCAUUAAAUAUAAAUGAAGAUUUGGGUCAAAUACGAUAUGUAUUUUCAGACAAGACAGGAACACUAACAGAAAACAAGAUGGAAUUCCGGAGGGCUAGUGUACACGGAAAGAAUUAUGGGAACUCCUUGGUUACUACUGAUAAUAGUUCAGCAGCAACAGCUGUUAUUCCGAAACAGAGAUGGAAGCUCAAAUCUGAAAUUGCAGUUGAUCCUAAACUAAUGACCAUGCUGCAUAGAAACUCAAAUAGAGAUGAAAGAAUAGCUGCUCAUGAGUUUUUUCUUACAUUGGCUGCUUGUAAUACUGUGAUUCCUAUACUUACUGAUGGGGGUAUUUCUGGUUGUGGAACAAGUGAAUCAAAUGGAUAUGUAGAAUGCAUUGAUUACCAGGGUGAAUCCCCUGAUGAACAAGCUCUAGUUUCUGCGGCCUCUGCAUAUGGAUACACUCUUUUUGAGCGGACAUCGGGACAUAUUGUUAUUGACAUCAAUGGUGAGAAACUCAGGUUGGACGUGUUGGGACUGCACGAAUUUGAUAGUGUGCGAAAGAGAAUGUCCGUUGUUAUUCGGUUUCCUGACAAUGUGGUAAAGGUGUUAGUCAAAGGCGCUGAUACAUCAAUGUUUAGCAUUUUGGCAAAUGGCAGUGAGAGCAACAGUAGCUUAUUGAAUGCAACUCAGAGCCAUUUGAGUGAAUACUCAUCACAAGGUUUACGCACCCUUGUGGUUGCCUCUAGAAGUCUUUCUGAUGCUGAACUUGAGGAGUGGCAAAGCAGGUAUGGAGAGGCUAGCACAGCGUUAACUGACAGAGCUACUAAACUACGUCAUACUGCAGCUCUUAUAGAAUGCAAUUUAAAUCUACUUGGAGCAACUGGAAUUGAGGACAAGCUGCAAGAGGGUGUACCAGAAGCCAUUGAGUCCCUACGGCAAGCUGGAAUCAAGGUCUGGGUUCUUACCGGUGAUAAACAAGAGACAGCAAUUUCAAUUGGUCUUUCCUGCAAACUUCUCAGUGCAGAUAUGCAGCAAAUUGUUAUAAAUGGCACUUCAGAGGAGGAAUGCAAAAAUCUUUUGGGUGAUGCAAUAGCCAAAUAUGCUGUGAGAUGUUCAAGUAAAGGGCAUCGGCAUCUGAAGCAUAAAACCAAUGCUGAACACGACGCUCUUGAUAUUCCUAAUUGUUCAGAGUCACCGAGUUUGCCCAAAUGGAAUCUAGGAAAGGAAGAAGGAACUGAUACUCCAUUGGCACUCAUAAUUGAUGGGAAUAGUUUGGUUUAUAUUUUGGAGAAGGAACUGGAGUCAGAGCUUUUUGACCUUGCAAUUUCCUGUAAGGUUGUACUUUGUUGCCGUGUUGCACCCUUGCAGAAGGCUGGAAUUGUUGAUCUGAUAAAGAGCCGCACAGACGAUAUGACACUGGCCAUAGGUGAUGGGGCCAAUGAUGUGUCAAUGAUCCAAAUGGCAGAUGUUGGUGUUGGAAUAUGUGGGCAGGAAGGACGUCAAGCAGUGAUGGCAUCAGAUUUUGCUAUGGGACAAUUUCAGUUCUUGAAAAGAUUACUUCUUGUUCAUGGACACUGGAAUUACCAGCGUGUUGGUUAUUUAGUUCUGUACAACUUCUACCGCAAUGCUGUCUUUGUGUUGAUGUUAUUUUGGUAUAUAUUAUGCACGGCUUUUUCUACAACUUCUGCAUUAACAGAUUGGAGUAGUGUGUUCUAUUCUGUGCUAUACACAUCUGUACCCACAAUUUUUGUUGGUAUUUUGGACAAGGACUUGAGUCAUAGGACACUUUUACAGUAUCCGAAACUGUAUAGUACUGGUUACAGGCAAGAAGCUUACAAUAUGCAAUUAUUUUGGAUCACAAUGCUUGACACAGUAUGGCAGAGCCUUGUUCUCUUUUACGCACCAUUGUUUACCUAUAAGGAUAGUUCGAUUGAUAUAUGGUGCAUGGGAAGCUUGUGGACAAUUGCAGUUGUUAUCCUUGUAAAUGUGCACCUGGCUAUGGACAUCAACCGCUGGUUAUUGAUUACUCAUAUUGCUGUCUGGGGUUCCGUAGUAAUUACAUAUGGUUGCAUGGUGAUAUUGGAUUCCAUACCCGUCUUUCCUAAUUACUGGACUAUUUAUCAUCUGGCAACGUCCCCUACAUAUUGGAUAACAAUUUUGCUUAUAAUAAUUGUGGCGUUGCUACCUCGCUUUAUUUGCAAAGUUUUUAGUCAAAUCUUCUGGCCUUCAGAUAUCCAGAUUGCAAGAGAAGCUGAGUUAAUGAGAAAACGACACGAUCGUUUGCAGUCAAGACAUCAAGGUUCCAGUUAA